CUGUACUGAAAUCAACCGUGAGAGUUCUGUCGACGGCUUCUCCAGCUUUCUUACGCGGGAGCCCCUAAUCUCGUACGAAGCCGCUCGUCUUUGAAGUCAGACGUUCAGUAUGUCUAGUAUCGUCACGGCUUGCCUGGGCAUUUUGUUUGGCAUUGUCUUGACAGACAGCUUGCAGGACCACCAUUGGUGGCCCUAUCUCAGGCUUCGCUCGGACUCGCUCAGGGGAGACGAACUGUCUCAUGGCGUCAUGCAGCGUGCACUGGCACAUUACAAGGCAGGAUCCGAAGCCCCUCCCUACUUCAUCUCUGUCAUCCUUCUCGUAUCCACGACACUGAUGGGCGUGCUCGUUCGAGGCAUCAUCUCGGACAAAAUAAAUCGUCCGAAGCACUUUCUCAGUUUCCUAAUUUUCCUCGGCGGCACGGGGAUCCCCUUCAUCACAAAGAUCGUACCAGCUGAAGAAUGGAUGCACAAAAACGGGGCAUCGGGCCUUCCUUCCGAAGUCGCACAGAAACUCCAUGAGACCGCUUUCUGGCACAUGGUGGUCGGUAUCACUACACUGCUGAACAUCGCCCUACAGUGUUGCUUUGGAUCAAGGGGCGACAAACGGAAGCUUGACUAAGAUGUAAAUGUCUACGAUCAUAUCCUGAGCUUAGAGUGAUGUUCCUGUACAGAGAGGAUUUAGAGGGCACUCAUGAGGACUUUGUUUAAAUUCGACC